AUGUUGAAACAGAUACAGAGGCCACCAGUGGUGGCAGAUUCAUGGAGCCCGAGCCUACAAACACUCGAGGGCCAUUCAGGUACAGUCAGUUCAGUAGCCUUCUCUCCUGAUGGGCUUACACUGGUAUCGGGCUCUGGCAACAAAACUAUCAAGCUCUGGGAUACCACAACAGGCACUCACCGGCAGACAUUAGAGGGCCAUUUAGAUUGGAUCCGUUUAGUGGCCUUCUCUCCUGAUGGGCUUACACUAGCAUCGUGUUCUGAAGAUAACACUAUCAAGCUCUGGAAUACCACAACGGGCAUACACCAGCAGACAUUAGAAGGCCAUUCAAGUAGGGUCUAUUCAGUGGCCUUCUCUCUCGAUGGGUUUACACUAGCGUCGGCCUCUAACGAUGAGACUAUCAAGCUCUGGGAUACCACAACGGGCACGCACCGGCAGACAUUAGAGGGCCAUCCAAGUGAUGUCAAUUCAGUACUGAACAAAUCCAAUUGCAAGGUUCAGGUAUCUUUAUCAAAUGCUUGGAUUGCCUUGGACGGUGAGAAUCUACUGUGGCUCCCUGCCGAGUAUCGUUCAUCUAAAUGCUUCGCUGUCAAGGAUGCUACACUUGCUCUAGGGUAUCAUGACGGGCGGGUCACUAUUAUAGGAUUCCGUGCACUAUAG